UUUCUUGCAAGUUGCAACCAGGGACACGUUCGUUGACAUGAAGGUCACCAUCUGUGCCGCUAUCCUUCUCGCGAUUUGCGCCGCAGGCUUCCUGCCUCUGGCUACACCAGCGGCGGUGCCUGCUGGGCCGAUCACGUGGGUCAUCCCCUUCGCGGCGAAUCUCCCGCCCUAUGAAGCUGGCACCGCAGCUGUUGGCGACACUGUGACCUACACCUGGUCCAGGUUCCAUGGAGUUGUGCUGUCAAGUUCACCUGACUGCACUGCGAGGACUCUCUUCCAGCAGAUCCCUGGUGGCGCUGACUCAGCCAGCGGCGCUGCAAAUGUCACCUUCACUGCGCCAGGCACUUUCUACGUGAUCUGCCCCGUGGGCACACAUUGCGCCCAGGGCCAGAUUCAGAAGUGGACUGUCUCCCCAGCAGCUUGAUAACCAUUAAUAGCGCUGAUGCCUUGAAGUAUUUUGACGAAGUCCUGAAGUUUUACCAUUCUUUACAGCAGCAUAUGCUGACUCCAUUUCAAAUGAGUAAGUUACAGCACCAUGAUUGCCACGUUGGACAAUAUUGCCACAUUCAUGAGGUGUUCAAUUAAAAUCCUGAGACGACAUCUCUGUGGAUCGGCUGUCCAGGACAGUCUUUGUGCGCUCGCAAUCCUGCUAGCCUUGAUACCAGCACUUGGUAAGAGUUACAGACAUGCCUGAGAUGCGCAUUUCGAGCUACUCCUAUGCAAGUCAUUCCUAAGCGAUUGACCAGUGGAUUGUAAUCACAGUUUUGAUC